AUGGAGGGAGAACCCUCCUCCUUUGUCCAACACCUCAAGGAGAGGAGAAGGAGAGGGAGGAGAGGAAGUGGUGUUAAGCUGUCGACAGAUCCUCAAAGUGUGGCGGCGAGGCUGAGGCGGCACCGCAUCAGCGAUAGGUUCAGGAUUCUAAAGAGCUUGGUGCCGGGGGGUAGCAAGUUGGACACAGUGUCCAUGCUAGAGGAGGCCAUCCACUAUGUUAAGUUCCUCAAGACCCAGAUUUUGCUCCACCAUGCCGCCCUUAUGCUCCCACCGGGUGACAUUCCUCUAAUUUCUUUCCUAUCUACUAUAAGUUCUACACCUACUGUAAAUGAUACGCCUACUUUAGGUUCUGGUGGUCGUGUCUUCACUCCUAGUUGUGCAUUUUCUUCUUCUUCUUCUUCUUAUCAUCAGCUUCCACCUCAGCAGAUGUUAGGCCACUCGAUGCCUCCUUCAACACCACCUCUUCCUCCUUUCCCGUGCUCCUCUUUUCAGGGUGAAGAAGAAGAGAUGCUCCGUCCAGUCAGUUUCAACAACCAGACUUUUUGGCUUAUCUAA